GCAUUCUAUUUUCAAGCCAGCCUGCCUCACAACGUGUAAGUGGGACUGAGCUCCUGCCUUCAGCAGAGACCUGAGUGGGACCCAGCUAGUUGGAGCAGGGUGGUGCACGAUGGCUAUUUGCCUGGCUGCUGUGAAAUUUCUAGCCUCCGGUGUGGCAGUUUUCAGCGAUGAUUUUGGAUUCAUAUGCAACGAUGAAAAGGAUGAUUGGAUUGCUACCCAGUCAUUCUCCUCUUUGCCAUUUAGGGGGAGGACUACCAUGUCCGUCUUUGGUAGCUUUGAGCCAAAGGGUGUUUGUAUGUCAAGAUAAUGAUGUACAGUGGAAAGAAACAGUUCAUAGAGCUCGACUCACCGAAGAUAUUUUGAAGCAUUGUUUCAGGAAGCAGCUUUUUCUUUUUUCUUCCAGUUAAUUUUUUGGGGAAUACAUCCGAAGUCCUGAUUCAUCUCAUUUCUAGCUGCAGGAAAACUGCAGUUUGAAAGCACCUCAGGAGACAUUUGAAUGUUCCUGUACAUCAUUUACCACUAUCCUUUUAAUAGUUUUUGAGGAAGUACGGGUCAGAAGUUAACUGGCCCCCUUCUCAGUGAAUGUUAUUCAUGCUUUUGUACAGGAAAGCUUGCUGGUUGGGCCAUUUCCUUGGCUGAAACAUCGGCGAAACGGAAAGCUGGCGAUUUAGAAAUCUAAACCUCUGCUGGCAUUUAGGAGCCCCAAUGGAGGGGUCUACCUGGUCUUCCUUGAUGAUCUGCCCUACCCUGAGAAGGCUAUGAUGAGAGAGAAUGUAGGGACCAGGAGGUAUUGCUCAGCGAAUUGUCCCAGCCUCCCAGCCCAGCCGGAGCAGAAGAGGAAAGGGUCUGUCUUGCUGUGCCUGGAGGGAAGGAGCGGAAUGAUUUGUGGGAGACGGUUGGACACAGCUCAUGCAUCUCCAGCCCCGCCUCACCUGUGAUCUGGACCAGGGGAAUCCUCCUGUGGGGAUGCUGGCCUUCUGGGAUGCCUCAAGGGGGGUUUUGCUUGCCUUGAGCGGAUGAGGAUGUUGCGCCGGGGACUGCUUGCCUGGAUCUCUCGGGUGGUCCUUUUGCUUCUGUUUCUGUGCUGUGCCGUCUCGGUCCUCUACAUGUUAGCCUGCACCCCGAAAGGUGAUGAGGAGCAGCUGGCGCUGCCCAGGGCGAAUGGCCCCACAGGGAAAGCGGGCUACCAGGCCAUUCUUCAGGAGCAGGAGGAGCAGCACCGCAGCUACAUCAGCAGCCUGAAGAAGCAGAUCGCCCAGCUGAAGGACGAGCUUCAGGAAAGGAGCGAGCAGCUCAAGAAUGCCCAGUCCCGCUCCAGCGACUCGGAGGCCCGUCCCGAGAAAGCCCAGGCCGGCCUGCUGGAGUUUCUGAACUCCCAGGUGGACAAGGCCGAGGUGCACGCCGGCGUGAAGCUGGCCACCGAGUACGCGGCCGUCCCUUUCGACAGCUUCACUCUGCAGAAGGUCUAUCAGCUAGAGAUGGGUCUCACCCGCCACCCCGAGGAGAAGCCCGUGAGGAAAGACAAGCGCGAUGAGCUUGUCGAAGCCAUCGAGCUGGCCCUGGAGACUCUGAACCACCCGGAAGGGGAGAGCGGCCCCAAUCACCGCCUGUACGCGGCCUCGGACUUCAUAGAAGGGAUAUACAGAACAGAAAAGGAUAAAGGCACUUUGUACGAGCUCACGUUCAAAGGGGACCAAAAACACGAAUUCAAACGACUUGUCUUGUUCAGACCAUUUGGCCCCAUCAUGAAAGUAAAAAAUGAAAAACUCAACAUGGCCAACACGCUUAUCAACGUUAUCGUGCCCCUGGCAAAGAGGGUGGACAAGUUCCGACAGUUCAUGCAGAACUUCAGGGAGAUGUGCAUCCAACAAGAUGGGAGAGUCCACCUCACUGUGGUUUAUUUUGGGAAGGAACAAAUGAGUGAAGUCAAAGGAAUAUUGGAGAAUACUUCCAAGGCUGCCAACUUCAGAAAUUUUACAUUUAUCCAGCUGAGUGGUGAGUUCUCAAGAGGCAAGGGACUCGAUGUUGGUGCCCGAGUUUGGAAAGGAAGCAACGUUCUUCUCUUUUUCUGUGAUGUCGAUAUCUACUUUACCUCGGAAUUCCUCAACACAUGUAGACUGAACACACAGCCAGGGAAAAAGGUGUUCUAUCCAGUCCUUUUCAGCCAGUAUAAUCCUGGAAUAAUAUAUGGUCAUCAUGAUUCAGUUCCACCCUUAGAGCAACAACUGGUUAUAAAGAAGGAAACUGGAUUUUGGAGAGACUUUGGAUUUGGAAUGACUUGUCAGUACCGAUCAGACUUCAUCAAUAUAGGUGGGUUUGACCUGGACAUCAAAGGCUGGGGAGGAGAAGAUGUGCACCUCUACCGCAAAUACCUGCACAGCAACCUCAUUGUGGUCCGGACUCCCGUGCGGGGGCUUUUCCACCUCUGGCACGAGAAACAGUGUGUGGACGAGCUGACCCCCGAACAGUAUAAGAUGUGCAUGCAGUCCAAAGCCAUGAACGAGGCAUCACACGGGCAGCUGGGGAUGCUGGUCUUCAGGCACGAGAUCGAGGCUCACCUGCGCAAACAGAAACAGAAGGCGAGCAGCCAAAAGACAUGACGUCCUUCAGGAGCGUCUUCUUCUCUUGGAAAUCUAUGGAAACAGUCACUUUAGUGAAAGAUGGAAAAAAUUAUCGGAGAUCAGGGCUUAGGGAGAAGGACUACGCCUCUCUCUGCCGGCACAAAGCUUAGUAAGCCUCCAUUACUCGCCCCAGUUUACUUGGCAAUGUCUGACAAAGGCAGAGAUGAUUAUGAGGUUCAAAGCAGAUGAGCGUUCUGAUUCCUUAUUGCGUGUCCGUAUCAGUAAGGUGAGAGCUGUUGUUUUCUGAGCACCUUGAGACGUACUGUAUGAAGGCUAGCGCCUUUAACUUAGACUGAGAGGCAGCCACAUUUAUUUCUAAGGGAAGGAUCAUCUCAAUCCAGACUCUUAAAACUCUCAAAAGCUGCUAGAUCUGAAGGCUGGCAGGGUGGGGUGGGGAUGGGGGUAUGACAUUUGGAACUUUUGUGUGUUCACUAAUCAAAACCAAAAUGAACCAAAAAUUAAAAGCCAUACACAUAUAUUUUAUCACUUUCUUCUAAGAUUAACCAGAAUUAAUCUGUCCAUAUGUUUGGUAGUAAUUCUUAACUGUCUCGAUUUGUUUAUUUUAUUUAAAAAUGCACCUUUUUUUUUUUGCUUGUGAUUUAUAUUCUGCUUAUUUAAAUGUCAAUUUGCGAGCCUUACUAAGAGAGAGCACAACUUCCUGUACAUUUUUAUGUUUUUUUUUUUUUUGUCAGAAGACAUUUUUAGAUACAUUAUGUGAAUAUUCAGAAGUUCAUAACAUGCAACUCAAGAACUACAUGAAAACAGAUGCCGAAGGAUGGAUGCAUCCUGUCAGGCAGGCACUGAGCUUGAAACAGUUUAGUAACGUGAAAUGCACAGCUUGAGGGUAUUAAUAAGCAAGAGGCAUAUUGAUAUGGCUAUCCGGAGAGCACUCCUGAAACAAAGAAGUUGAACACUGGAAAAGAAGAAAAAGAUUUUUCACCUUGAUAGAAAGGGGUGGGGGGUAAUCUGUCAAUUAAGGCCGGUGGUUUCUUGAUACAUUCUAAACUCUUUGUACACAUUUUUCCUCAGGAAACUGAGGACCACUUCAAAUAAACCAAAGCAAGCUGUGUGAACCAAACAAUCUCUUUUCAAAGCAGGGUGCUCUUCCUGGCUUCUGGCCUUCUUGAGUUAAAGUGCAGAAAAAUAUAUUUUUGUGAACAAUCAAUGGAUUUGUCUCAAGAAUGGAACCAAUUCCUUUGUAUCUUCUCACCCCAGUCCCUCUAGACGCAGGUAAAAGAUCCCUUUUUUUUUCAUCAGCAGUUUUCUCCUUGGUUCCUGGGACACUUCUGGAAAUCAUGUCUUCUAAUUGUUUCAGAUCAUUGUUUUAAUAUGGCUAGUUUUGUGGGGUUUCUACAUCUCAUUUUAAAUUGAUUGAUUCAUUAGCCAACAACAGAUGCAUGGACUGAAUUACUGAUCUGUUUCCCCACCUUAUGUUUUCCUACCACAAACUCAUGGCUGAAAAGCUUCAUGUUCAUUCAAGCUGGUGUUGUGUAAAUCAUGAAAUGUAAUGGUCUGUACCAGUAGUUUGUAACAAUUUAAAUAAAAACACAAUACGUGAAUGUUAAUGGCAUUGGACGGUUAAUAAAAGAAGAUUUGCAUUGA